CGACGGGUACGUACAAGAUUCUUCACGUUUCGUAAUUUUCUCGAACUAGUGCAGCCAGUUCAACUAUAAAGAAUAGUCCAACUGCUUUUCGACAUUCGUGGUAAUUGCGAGAAUCAUCGAUAAAGCUGGUAUUCCCGUGCUUCACCACGGCGAUAUGUUUUCGAUUUUUCGCCUAUGAGGAUACCGAAAAUCGAAAAAUUUAUUCGGGACACAUUUGGCAUUGGAACGCGAAUACGAGCGACUUCGACAAACUUGAAGCGUUAACGUCGAACAGCACGGCUUUGUGCAGCGUCGACGCGGUGAACGAUUUGCGCGGAAAGACACUCCUCGUCGGUAUAUCUCCAAUAAAUCCGUUCAUCAUGCAAAACGCGGAUAAAACCGGAGUCACGGGUUUCAUAGGAGAUAUCUGGACCAACCUAGAAGGAGCUUUGGGGUUUAAGACGAUUUACCGGAGAGUUCGAAAGUACGACGUCGAGACGCUGGUGAAUGGAGGAACUCACGCAGUGCUCACUGCCUCGGCGAUGUACGCGCAGAGCUCGUGCUAUUUCGAAUACAGCUGGCCGUUCACGACCAACUCAUACUCUUUGUUCGUCCAGUCGGAGGGUGAGAAAGUCUCGACAACGUGGUAUCUCGAUACCUUCAACGGUAGACUGUGGCUGAUGGCUUUCAUCUUCAUCUUGUGCAUCGCGUGUAGCAUCAUGGGAACAUACUAUGUGCAGAAGCUAAUCUCCCCUAAUUACAUGGAAUUUCACGACGAGCUAUCCUCGCCGCUUUUCAGUCUGUUUUACGUUUGGAGUGGCAUAAGCGGCCAAGGAUUUCAGAAAAUCCCGAAAAGCUGGUCCCUCCGAUUAAUCAUUUUAUCCUCCUUGAUACUCGGAGUAUUAUUGUCCUACGGAUUCAGCAGUACUCUUACUUCCGACCUGGCAAACAGGAGAGACUCUAUUCCCUUCGCUAAUCUCGAAGACGUGGCGAUAAAAAGGACACACACGCUUUGCAUCAGGAAUAACAGCAGUGUUUACCUCCACUUUACAGUAGACGGAUCGCUGCAGGGCGAAAUUCAAGACGACUGGAAGGGAUUACUGAACGACGGUUGUCCCGACAUGAGUACGGACAGCGCGAAUCUCAUUCCGGAAUUAUGCAAUCCGGGCUUCGUUUAUUUGGAGGUGCCGAACAUAUUCCGAUUUACGUACCACAAGGCUCAGCGUAACUGCAGCAUCGUACAGUUACCUGAGAUUUACUGGAGCCGCAGACUGGCGUUUCUGCAAACCAAGUCGGCGCAACACCGACACCUCAUUAACAAAUACAUACUGCGAAUGGACACAGCCGGGAUAUUGAAUUACCUUCGGCGAAAGUGGAUGUCAACGCACAUUUAUGAUCAAUCCGGUUAUCUUCGACAGAGCACCUUCCAACCGGUCGAAUUUGAACACAUUCAUUUGGCCUUCUGUGGGUUCUUCGCGAUAACCGUUGUCAGCGCGUUUAUCUGCGUUUUAGAGAACAUUUGGUAUAAGCUGCGACUGAAGUACAAAGGAAUCAAUCCUAUUUCGAUAAUGCCGAGGACACGCGAUCAUAUGAACAUGAAUAUUACGAAAGUGCGUCGCAAAUCAAGGCCAAGGACCAUCGUUGUUCGACGGUGUCAAACGGUCAGAUCGAUAUUAUUACCUGAAAUCGUAAAAGAUCCAGAAUUUUUUCAGAACGUCACGGUACGAGUGAAUCGAUGGUAAACGUUGCACUCGUGAUUAUAGGCACGCACAUUUGUCCGGCAACAUCGUUUAUCGGCGAUAUUUUCUCGAAUUCUCAUAUUGUUUUAAGAGAAACAAAGCGACUCGCGAAGCUCGUCCUCGAAGUUUUCAAGAAUGACAUGCACAGUAAAAAAACAUUUUGCACUUGCAUUAAAGUCGGUCGUUGUUAAAACGUUUGUGUUAAAUUUUUAACAUAUCCGUAUGUUAAUUUAACAUAUUGUGCUUAUGUUACCUCAAUAUUUUGUGUUGGGUCGAUAUUCAAUGUAUGUAUGUUAAAAUAACACUUUUAUACUUCAAGGUUUAUUACUAUUUUAUGGAUAUUAAUUUUACGUCAAUUUUUGACAUAAUAUUUGUUUUACUUUUCAACAUAUUCAUCUUAUGUUAAAUUAACACCAAGAUUUCUGUGAACCGUUUGAGAUAUGUAAAAUGUGUUACAUUCAACACAAAAUAUUUCAUUGUGCGCACUCAAUCGAGACAAACCGGACGGUCCAAUCGCGUUAAUGUAGCAAAUGCACGUUUCUGCAAUUCCAACAUGUGGAGAUUUGCAUUUUUAUUUGCUAACAAUAAAUAAUAUUUUAUAUCGGCUAAUACUGCGUGUGCUUCUUCCGAUUAAUUAUUAUCUUACAUAACGCGCGUCGUCUUUUAAUCGUUCGGCUCGGAGAAAAAUUUUCAU